AUGAGAUUGCGUUUAAAUCUAUCUAUUAGAGACCUUGCUUACAAAUUUGAAGUUUCAAAAUCGACUUCAUCAAAAGUAUUUUUAAGAUGGAUUGACAUUAUGUACUUUAGAAUGAAACAUUUAAUUAAAUGGCCUGCUCGCAAUGAGCUUAUAGAAACUAUGCCUUUAUGCUUCGGAAAAUAUUUUGAAACAAAAGUGGCUGUGAUAAUUGAUUGCUUUGAAAUAUUCAUAAAUAAACCAUCUAAUUUAUGCGCAAGAGCAGCAACUUGGUCACAGUACAAACAUCACAAUACUGUUAAAUUCUUAUUAGGUGUAAGCCCACAAGCUGAUAGAGGUUUUAACAAUGCUGAGAGUGUUGGCUUUUAUUGUGGGGAGCUAAAGAUUCCAGGAUUUACGAAAGGAAAGUUAAAAUUAACUUGUUCAGAUGUAGAAACAACCCGGAAAAUUGCCUCUGUUCGAGUACACGUUGAGAGAGUUAUUGGAUUGUUACGUAACAAAUAUAAAGUUCUGCAAAGUAUUAUGCCAUUAGAUUACUUAUAUACUAAAGAUUCUGGAUUAUGCACAAUAGACAAAAUUGUUAUUGUUUGUUCUUCUUUGAUAAAUAUAUGUGAUUCAAUUAUUCCUGUGGAAUAG